AUGAGCGCGAACUACUCCAUCGGUUUUAUUCUUCUGGUGAUGUUUGUGUAUGACAUUCAUCUCUCGUUUGUGACCGCCUUUUUUACACCCUCCUCCCCUUCCCUUUCUUUUCAAUAUCAUCCCAUUUACCCCAUUCCACUUUACCCCGCCCCACUUUCCGCUUCACGCUUCAGCACAACGCAACGUUCUUCUUUUGCCCGUCUCUCUCGUAUGCACAACCCGCGCAGCUCAGACGGUGUCUCAUCGAAGUCUCGCUUGUUUUUUUUUUUUGGCCUUUCGUCUCUUUUGCGCUUUUGCGCUUCUGGAUUUCUUGUACCAUACAGAGAAAAAGGAAGAAAAGCCAAUUAUUGUUUCACCACCCACCCUCUAUCGCAAUCCAAUCCAAUUCCCCUCAUGUUUUUCAAUAUUUCUUCUGUCUCCUCUAACACAACCACACACUCCUUACCGGUUUCUCUUUUCAUCGUCUACAACACCGCUGCAUCCCGGGGAAGGAACCUAGGCCCUUUAUCAUUUCCUCACUCAAUAUCCACGCUUUGCAUGCACGCAUUUUUCUUCUCUUCUUCCUUCCAUUCCUUUCUUUUCUCUCUGGUAGCUUGGACCCCCGGUUGCGUCUUUGUGCUCAUAUUCUGA